AUGUGUUUCGACGAUGGAGUAUACCCAACCGAGAUAGACCCAGGGAAGAUGGCGGUCGAAGGUAGGGAGGUUAGGUUCAAACUCAACACCUCGCUUGACGAUAUCAAGGUCAAAUGGCUCAAGGAGCGAACAGUGACAGUCAUCCACAAGGAUGCUGCUAGAUUCCUGCCGAAGAAUAUCAAGGACGAUCUCGAACGGACCUUUGAGGACGGAUGGAUAAUUGGAAACGAAGACCUACAGCAGAACCAAAGAAGAGGGAGGAUUAAAAUAGAAGGUCUGGGAGUAGCUUCCUACGUAGCAAAAGCAAAAGAGGCGGUGAAGUACAUGAUCUCGGAACAACUGGUAGACGUGACGUUAGGGAACACAUCCUACACAAUCCUGUUCAAACCAUGGAUGACCCGCGCACAGUUUAGAGAAUUAAGGAAGCAGGAGGAGGAUGGGUAUUCUGGGUGACGGCACUUCAAAUCCCGCUGGAUGACGUGUCGUUUAUUUAUGUGCAGAUACGAAAGGCAAUAGGGAAGA